AUGGAACCAAUCAAUAUGAAGACCCUCUUGGAAUUCUGGACAAGUAAGUUCUAAUCUCGAAAUUUCAAUUUUUAUCAACACUACUUUCAGGACCAGAAAACUACAAUUACGUGCCGCUCAGAGUGUCAUUAGAGCUGCUCAAAAGGAACAGAAGCAACAUCCGACAAUUCAUGUACCACGCCCAAAAGGAGUCAAACGUCGGGAAGGACUUCGAAGACAUGUGCGAGGAGGCGACCCGACUGAAGUACUCGCACUGGCUGCACAGGAAGAACCCCCUCCACUGCUGGUUCUAUUUACUGGAACAGUGCGUUUACGAAGACGAGUCGUCGGAAGCCCAACGCCACGAGGAGGCUCAUCAAAUGAGACUGAAGAUGUGCAGAGAUUAUGCGCAGAAGAUCAUGUCGAUUGGAGACGCGAAUGUGAUUCUCCGUCAGAAAAAGAAGAGAGCUGUGAUGAGAAAGGACCCGAAGAGAGGAUUGGAAUUGGAGGACCACCCGACGUGGGCGGAGUAUCUGGCUCGAAAGCGCUCAAAGGGGAACAAAGGAGUGACGGCUGUUGCCAACAAGAAGAAGGCAUUCGGACGGGAUGUGACCGCCGUUCACUGCAACAAAACUUGA